GCGCGCGGCGGUUUUUUCGACAUUGGCGGAAUAACUGUCUAACAAUUCACACGUGAAAUCUGUGCAGCUGCGCUCUCUGCGUUGAAUCAUUUGACUCAGUGAAACUUAAGUGAAUAAACUCUCGGAAACAUGUCUGGUCGCGGAAAGGGAGGAAAGGUUAAGGGCAAGGCAAAGUCCCGCUCCAACCGUGCUGGAUUGCAAUUCCCGGUCGGUCGUAUUCAUCGGCUGCUGCGUAAGGGCAACUACGCCGAGCGCGUUGGUGCUGGAGCGCCCGUCUAUCUGGCCGCUGUCAUGGAGUAUCUGGCCGCCGAAGUGCUGGAGUUGGCUGGCAAUGCGGCUCGUGACAACAAGAAGACGCGUAUUAUUCCGCGUCAUUUGCAGCUGGCCAUCCGCAACGAUGAGGAGCUGAACAAGCUGCUCUCCGGGGUGACCAUCGCCCAGGGUGGCGUCCUGCCCAACAUUCAGGCAGUGCUGCUGCCCAAGAAGACGGAGAAGAAGGCUUAAGCUCCCUGAACCAUCGGCAACGACGACGACAGCAUCUAUCCGUGCGAAGGCCUACGAUACCGAAUUCCCGACAGUUGAAAAAAAACCGCCCUUGUCAGGGCGACGACAUGCAUUCAUUAAAAGAUAUUAGUGUUAUCCAUCUGAUGUGCCAUCAUAUUGUCCGGGAAAAUGAAAACCACACGUAGAUUGUAAUUUAGCAUCGCCUUUUCAGAGAAAAUUGCUACCUCACAAUAAAGAGAGGGAUGAUGGGAGUACAAAAGAGCGAAA